UCUCUUUCUCGCUUUCCUCCUCCUUCUCUUCGAAUCCCGGCAGUGAUGGUCGUCUCGCGCCGUCGCGGCGGUGAGAGGAUGUAGAGGGAACGCGGUCGCGAUCCUAAACCUCACAUUUUCGAACCCUAUCUGGCCUUAAACCUAGGUGAUGGGCUUGGGAAUUGGAUUGUUCGAGUGGGCCGUCAGCUCAGGUUAAGCUGGCAUGGCUGAGCUCGGCUGGAGCUUGAAAUCCCGAAGCUUGGCUUCUAGGGAUUGGGCAAGGCUUCAGAAAGGGUGUAGCGUAUGAAAUAUUGGAUUUUCACAGCUUUUGGUUGUAGGAAUUGGCACUUCGUUGAACUGGAGGAUGAUGAUGUGGCAUUUUUGAGCUUACAUUAUCGAAAGGCUUGAUAAUUUGGACAUUAAAACUGUGAAAGGGGGUUGGGGUGCAGAGCAAGAAGAUUUGAUAUCCUCUUGUUAUUUGUGAGCUAAUGAAAAGGAACAUUCGAGCCAAGUGUUAUGAUGGAAAAAGUACAUGAUGAUCCAGAGCCAAAUCCUGCAUCUAUAUCAGAGGUGAUUGGGGAGCCUGCUAUCAUAAUUAACGGCGUACCAGCUGUGCCUCCUGUUGCUACAACAUCCAUUCCUCUUGACACCACAAAUGAUGCUGGAUCAAACGAUGAUCCAUAUUUUGGUGAAUGGCUGGAAGGAAGGAAAGUUCUGAAGUUAUUUGGAGAUCAUUAUUAUUCUGGAGAGGUGGAGAAGUAUGACAGCGAAACAAAUUGGUACAGAGUGACAUAUGAAGAUGGGGAUUUUGAAGAUCUUGAGUGGCAUGAACUGGAGGAUGUGUUGUUACCCCUUGACAUUUCUAUUCCACUAAAAGCCCUGGCUUUGCGAAGAUGCAGGUAUGAGAAAUCCACUUGCCAGUCAGGAGUUUCUAUGACUAAAACAAGAAAAGGUCGUGCUAAAAAUGUAGGAAGUGUGAAAAAGACAUUGGAGCUCCUUGAAGCAUCCCAAACGAGUGAAUUAAAGGGUAAAAAGCAAGUAGAAUUAGAUUUUGGUAGCAAAAGGCGGCAAAGCAUAAUUCAAACAGAAAGUACUAAAACUUCUUUGCAAGUGUGCUACUCUGACAAAUCUGUAUCUGAACCAGGCAAAGACAUAGCUAUCUCAGAAAAAUUUCAGAAUGCAGAAAGCAUGGUGAGUUUAUCGGAGCUUUUGCAAAAGCCAACUGCAUCAGAACUUGAAAGACAAUUAGUACAGGCUACUCCAAAUAAGGAAGUAACUACACAGGAAACUUCAAAUAGGCAAAGAAAAUUUCAGAAACAAAGUGGGAGAACUACUAGAGCUGAAAAGCAAAAAAGAAGAAAAUUCUUGGUUCAAGGUACUGCUUUGGAAUUAAAGAAGUUUCCUGAAUAAUUCUUGUGACAAGAAAAGCUGAAAGAGAAA